AUGCCAGCCGGUGUGCCGAUGAAAGAAUAUCUCAAGUUCAUGACCGCUGCUAUGUUGUCCAUGUUCGCCGGUUCUCAGUUGGUUCACACGUAUUACAAUCCCCUGAAAGACCUCAACUAUUAUGUAGAAAAAGAAAUUAAAACCCAGCGACUUAGGGAGGUUAAACAACCGGCGGUUGAGGCUAUCAACAAUGUAGAAUAAACUUAUUUAUUUGUAA